UUCCUUGGGCUUUUGUUCUUGCAGGCCAUGAUCUAAUCAUGGCAGACGGAGAUGGUGUUGAGACGGUCGGGAUGGCGGCAGCCACCCCUGGCCGUGAAGAUGGAGACCAGGAGCCCACUGCGGAUCUCGUAUCUGUGGACCAGGGGGCCGAGCCACAGGCUAGAUCAGAACCUGGAGUUUCCACUCGGAAAAGACCUGAGCCCAAGCCGCCCGGUGACGGCGGCGCUUCAGCCACUCUCCCUGCUCAGGAAUGUGUAUCCGGAGACGCGCCCCAGACUGGAUGGGGCUACUGGGGCAGCUGGGGCAAGUCCUUACUGUCCUCAGCCUCCGCCACUGUAGCCACAGUAGGACAAGGUAUUUCCAGUGUCAUCGAGAAGGCAGAGACUUCCCUGGGGAUCCCUAGUCCCAGUGACUUCUCAGCUGAAGCCCAGCAUGCAGCCGGUGGUUCGGAUGCCAAAGAGAACGAAAGCUCCUCCCCCGCUGGACCUCUGGGCAUGUUCUCCACCAUCUCCACCGCCGUCCAGAGCACGGGGAAGAGCGUCAUCAGUGGGGGUUUGGACGCCCUGGAGUUCAUUGGGAAGAAGACCAUGGAUGUCAUCGCUGAAGGGGACCCUGGCUUUCGGAGAACCAAGGGCCUGAUGUACCGUAGCUCCACACUGUCGCAGGUGCUCCGGGAGGCGAAGGAGAAUGAAGAGCUCCGGCCGGCUGGGGAGGUCGGCGUGGACACGGACAGGAGAACUCACUACGGGCUUCUCUUCGAUGAGUUCCAGGGCCUUUCGCAUCUGGAAGCCCUGGAGAUGCUUUCCCGGGAGAGCGAAGUGAAGGUGAAAUCUACCCUGAAUUCUCUGCGUGGCGAGGAGUCGGAGGCUCUGAAGCUUGAGUUAGAGCGACUCAAGGAAGCGUUUUCCCUGGCGGACUUCUGCGAGGAUGAGGAAGAAGAGCGGAAAGGGGACGAGGACUUUACCCGCGAGGUGACAGAGCUGUUUUCCCAGCUGCGCGUCUCCUCCAGACCAGAGAAGCUCACCAGGGCGAGAAACACGGCCUGCGAGUGGGUCAGGAUGCCUCGGGCCCCAGCACCAGCUGAGGAGGGAGGAGAAAGACAGCCAGAGACAGAGAAGACGGAGCAGACUCCUGCAGUGUCCAUAGAGGACAUUCAUGCCUUUGCCAUCCGGAGCCUUGCGGAGCUGACGGCCUGCUCCAUUGAACUGUUCCACAAGACGGCCGCUCUGGUUCUGCACGGUGGGAAGCAGGAAGUCACCGCCCUCGAAAGGAGCAAAGCCCUGUCCCAGCUGACGGUCGUCCUGUGCAAGGAGCUGUCCUCGCUGUCCAAGGAGUUCUCCACCUGCCUGACGGCUGCAGGGGUGGAAGAAAAGGCUGACGUCCUGAACCCAUUGAUCACUGCAGUGUUUCUGGAGGCCUCCAACAGCGCCUCCUACGUCCAGGACGCCUUCCAGCUGCUGCUCCCCGUGCUGCAGCUCUCGCUCGUCGAGGACGCGGAGCCGCGCGCCUGAGCCUCGUGCCGGGACUUCCGUCUGCUGCCUCCUUUGCUUGGCGCUGGCCUCGAGGCCCUCCGGCUCUGCCCAUGGGUUCCAACUAAUAAAUUAUUUGGAAAGAAACUUCUUGGAAAGUUUGAGAGUUACCGUUCGUCCGGAUCGGGGUUGGUGGGACGCUUUGCUCUGGCCUGGCAGAGCGCGUACGGUU